CUUUUUAUGGUACAAAGAAAAAAUAUCACCUCUUUAUCUCCGUCAGAGCUCUGUUUCCAUCAGGACACGAGCAUCCUCAGAUCGAAGCCCCACCACCUCCAUCGGCAGAUCAGAUGGCUAGCCUAUGGCGAGCCGUGAUGGGCGAUUCACCGCCCAACGCCGACGAUUAUGACGGCGUCGAGUACUGGUUAAAUCCCGAGCGCACCGGCUGGCUCACAAAGCAAGGUGAGUACAUCAAGACCUGGCGUCGCCGUUGGUUCGUCUUGAAACAAGGAAAGGUCUUCUGGUUCAAGGAGUCCAUCGUUACUCGCGGCUCCCGCCCACGUGGUGUGAUCCCAGUGGCCGCUUGCCUCACAGUGAAAGGAGCCGAAGAUGUCAUCAACAAGCAGUUCGCUUUUGAGCUCUCGACCCGAUCCGAUACCAUGUACUUCAUUGCAGAUUCGGAAAAAGAGAAGGAGGAUUGGAUCAAUUCGAUCGGAAGGUCAAUUGUUCAGCUCUCGAGGUCUGUCACUGACAAAGAGAUCGUUGAUUAUGAUAGCAACAGAUGAUCAUUUGCUCUAACGAUCUCUAUCUCUUUAACAAUUUUGUCUGUAAAAUUUGGUACGAUGCUCUUCCCUUUGGUUUGUAUAUGAAGCGAUAAAAUAAUCUCUCUUGUUUAAAUUAAUUCGAAGUACAAUAUGAGAAUUUCUAUGCUUUUAGGGUUU